AGGGUCUCCCGGAAGCACCUGCCACCCGGGGCUUCACAUGUGAGAGUGCUCCAUGUGAAGUGAAUUUUUUCUUCUUUAGUGUGGCGGCCGUUUGUGAAUUACAUUUCUUUUCCUUUUUUGUGGUCCUGGGAAUUAGAAUCGCACUCUGACAUUAACAUUAACGUUGAGACGUAUUUCGGGGUGGCAUGACGGCCGAGGGGAGACCAGAGGGAUUCAGGGAGCCGCCCUCCAUUAAUGGCAGCACCAGCAACCUCAAAGCCAACGCACCGACCAAGUGCUGCACCCCGAAUCUGAAGCUGUUCAUCGGGGUGCUGGCCUUGUGCUAUUUCUCCAAGUCUCUGACCGGGAGCUACACCAAGAGCACCAUCACUCAGGUGGAGCGACGCUUUGAGAUCCCCAGCUCCACCGUGGGCAUCAUCGACGGCAGCUUUGAGAUGGGUAACCUGCUGGUGAUCACUAUGGUGAGUUACUUCGGAGCGAAGUUCCACCGGCCGAGGAUUAUUGGAACCGGAGCUCUGCUGAUGUCGUUGGGGACGUUCCUUAUGGCUCUACCACACUUCCUCAUGGGCAGAUAUAACUAUGAGACGGCGGCGGGAAGGACAUUCACGUCUGACGCCAACUCCACCUUCAGUUCCCCCUGCUCCAGCGCCUCUUCCCAGGGUACCUUGCAGCAGCCAGCACCCGGAUGUCAGGUAGGAGAGGAGGAGAGCUCUCCCAUGUGGAUAAUGGUACUGGUGGGUAAUAUCAUCCGUGGCAUUGGUGAGGCCACCAUUGGACCCCUGGGCGUGGCUUUCAUCGAUGAUUUUGCACGGCCAGAAAACUCUGCCUUCUACAUCGGAUGCUUGCACACCAUCGCAGUGAUUGGCCCUCUGUUCGGCUAUACUCUGGGCUCUCUCUGUGCCAGCCUAUACGUGGACAUCGGCUUUGUCAACCUGGACAGUGUGACCAUCACGCCCCAGGACUCCCGCUGGGUGGGGGCCUGGUGGCUGGGGUACGUGGUUGCGGGAGGGCUCACCUUCAUCACUGCCCUCCCCUUCUGGUUCCUGCCCCGCUCUCUCCCUGAGGCCCCCCGACCCCCCAAAAACCAGUAUGACGAGGACCCGGACGCCCCCGCACUGGAGCCUCUCAAUACCCUGCAGGAGGAGGAGACGCCUAACAUCAGUGAGAUCGCCAAAGACUUUCUGCCUUCGCUGAAGCGCUUGUUCACAAAUAAGAUAUACAUUCUUUAUCUGCUCUCCAACAUUGUGAUGUUCAACGCCUUUGUCGUAAUCAUCACCUACACACCCAAGUUCUUUGAGCAGCAGUUUGGAAUGAGCGCCUCCAAGACCAACUUCCUCAUAGGUAUUGGCACCAUGCCAGCAGUGUCUCUGGGCAUAUUCCUGAGUGGCGUCAUCAUGAAGAAGUUUAAGCUGGGGCUGCUGGGGGCGGCCCGAGUCGCCUUCUUCACCUCCAUCGGAGGCUUCCUGCUCACGCUGCCAUUCUUCGCCCUCAGCUGCCAGAACAUAGAGGUGGCCGGCCUCACUGCCCUCUACCCAGGGCCAGAAGCAGUAAGAUCAGAUGUAGGGGUGCUGUCCACCUGUAACAACGCCUGUGGGUGUCACCAAAACCAGUGGGACCCAGUGUGCGGCCAGAACGGGGUCACCUACAUCUCUCCGUGUUUGGCAGGGUGCACAUCCACUCAAGGAGCAGGGAGGAACAUGAGCUUCCAUGGCUGCAGCUGUAUCCAGAGUUCUGGCCUGAGUGUGGGGAACUCUUCGGCGGUUCUUGGCCAGUGUCCUCGGGAGAAGGCCUGUUCCACCAUGGUCUACAUCUACGUGGCUCUACAGGCUGUCAGCUUCUUCGUCUACUGCCUGGGCAGUACGCCUAUGUUCAUAAUAACUCUCAGGAGUGUGGAGCCGGAACUGAAGUCUCUGUCUGUGGGAGUAUUUAUGCUGAUGCUACGGGUCCUCGGGGGGAUCCCUGCUCCUAUGUACUUCGGGGCGCUGAUCGACUCUACCUGUCUGAAAUGGGGGAGUCGCAGGUGUGGGGGGAGUGGGGCAUGCAGGCUCUAUGACAUCAACACCUUCAGGUGGCUGUUCUUAGGUGUGACCAGCUGUCUGCGGCUGCUGGGAUACGUGAUGUUCUGGGUGGCCAUCACCCAGAUCAAGAGGACCUUACUGAGAGCACGCCGUGCCCAGGACAUUGAGCUGCAGAAGACCCAAGGAAACAGGGACCAGGCCCAGGACAACACAGAAAAUGAGGCAUCAGAGAAGAUGAACAUCAGUGAUGGGCAGUCAGCCGAUGGGAGUGAGAAGAUGGGGAUCACUGACAGUCUUGCAGCCAAUGGGAAUGACAAGAUGAACAUCAUUGGAGGGCAUGCAGCCACCGGGAGUGAGGGGAUGAACAUCGAUGAUAAAAAUGCCAGGCAGACUGAUGACUGAGCCCUGAUUUUAAUAAUUUAGUAAUUAUCUCAAGAAGUGUGUUGGAAUCCAUUUCAGUGACUGAAAUCUCAAAAAGCUCUUUUAAAGCCAGCUUUGACAACAACAAAAAACACAUCCAGAAUUUCACUUCAUUUGGUGAAUGGAAAUUAAACUAAUUUGCACACCUCUCAAGUUAUUAAUGUGUAUGAAUGAUAUUUCCCAUAUAGAAAGACGGAGAAUGCAGCAGUGGUCUCUAUUUGUCUCUACCACUAGAUGGCAGCAGUUAGCCUGGAAAUGAAACCACCGUCUACGGUGCAGGCUUAAAGAGGAUGUGAUGUCUUCAUCAUUCUGAGGCCACUUAGCAGAUAUGGGUGUAUUUCAUUCAGUGUCCCUUCGUGCCUUUCUUAAAAAGUGGAACAGUUAAAUCAAUAUGUAAUGGUAAAAACUUAGGAUCAAUGUUUUUCGAAAAGAUGUAUAUAUCUUUUGCAUAAAACCCAUUAGACCCUUUAGGCACCUUUAGCUUUUAGUUUUUUAGGAAGUGUUUUUUUCCAUGUCAUCACAAUUUAGUGACUGGUCCAUGUUCCAUCUGUUAUGAAUACUGGGCUGCAAAGAUAAGAUGGGAAGUGUUUUUUUCGGUGUUCUGGAUUAAAGAAACUGGAUUAAAGAAAUCCAAUAAAAUAUGUGUGUUGGUGAAUAGAUGUAAAGAUCUAAGAUUGUAAAAUUGACAUGUUGAGACACUGGAAUUCAAUCUGAUAUUAAUGAGUUCAUAAUUGUGUCUGAGUAGAAUAUGUUGCACCAAAGUGUAAAUAUAAAAAGGUGGAAAACUGAAAAGAUGAAUGAGUAAUGUGUGAUCACUGAGGAUCAGACAUUUUAUUCAGUAUCUUAAAAUCACAGAAUAGAUGGAAUCAUGCAACCUUGAACACUUGAUUCUCCUGUGUUUUUCAAACGUGCCUGAGUAACAUCUGUGAGAAACUGGCCCAGUUUGGUGUGAUGAAUACAAGUCAUGAGGUGUUUUGACAAAUGUGAUGUGUCCCUGUGUAAUAAAGGAGGAAUGUAGUGUG